CGACGACGCAAGCGCUCGGUUGUGUGCUCGCACGAAGCUCUCCUCCACCCGUUCGUUAGCCGCCGACCGUCACCCCUGUUCGCACUCCUCGAUACCACGGUUCGCGCCGGAAUCCCGGAGACUUUUAGUGGAUCUAAGGCCUGCGCCUGCGGGACUGGACUGGAGUUCCGGCUUACAAGUAAAUAUAUUUCCAGCCAGCACUCUUAGCCAAUCAUGGCGGAGAACGAGCCGCUGAACGAGACCCAGAAGCAGGUGAAUGGUCGCAUUCUGCCCGCCACCAAUGGACAUGCCACGUCGGCCAUCAACGGUCAGGUGGUGCAUGCCAACGGCAAGGGUGCGCCUGCUCCGGUGCAAAACGGCAACGGGACACAUAUCGAGGCGCCCUGUUGUCGGGACAUACACGGCAAGGAGCCGCCGGACGGAGGAGCUCGGGCUUGGCUGGUGAUGGUCAGUGCCUUCCUCUGCAACGGCAUCAUCUUCGGCUUCAUCAACACAUACGGCGUCCUCCAUUCGCUGCUUAAGGACCGUCUCACAGCCAUCGGGGAUACCGAGGCCUCCAGCAAGGCGGCUCUCAUUGGCUCCCUGGCCAUUGGCACCACAUUCCUCUUCUCCACAGUGGCCGGCUGCCUUACCGACAAGAUCGGUCUGCGGCUGACCACAUUCGCUGGCGGUGUCCUCUCGGCUGGAGGACUGCUGCUCUCCUCGUUCUUCACGGAAAACAUCAGCGCCCUGUACUUCACCUAUGGCAUUAUGUUCGGGAUGGGCGCGGCUCUUGCCUACACGCCCACCCUGGCCAUCCUGGGCCAUUACUUUAAACGCUAUCUGGGCAAGGUGAGUGGCUUUGUCACAGCCGGCUCCAGCGUUUUCACUGUGAUACUGCCGCCCUGUCUGGACAAGCUCCUGGUGGGCUAUGGCCUGGAGGCCACCUUAAGGAUGAUGAGCCUGGUGUCUGCAUUCAUCAUCAUUUGUUCCUUCGUGUACAAGCCGCUGCAUCCGCCGCCGGAGCCACCGAAGAAGAAGCCCGGCAGGUCGCGCAUCAAUCUCUUCCUGCGCUCCAUUGUUAAUGUGGAGAUCUGGAAGCGAAAGCGCUUUGUGAUCUGGGCCCUGUGUGUGCCGCUUGCCCUGUUCGGCUACUUUGUGCCCUACGUCCACAUGAUGCAGUUCGUAAAGAAGAAUUUCCCGGGUGAGGAUGUCAAUCUUCCGGUGAUGUGCAUAGGCAUCACCUCCGGCAUUGGGCGACUCAUCUUCGGCGUCAUUGCCGAUAUGCCGGGUGUGAAUCGCAUGUACCUGCAACAGCUUUCCCUAGUGUCCAUCGGCCUGGUCACUCUGCUCUUGCCGCUGACCAACUCGUAUGUGGUCUUGGUGUCCUUCACCCUGGUUAUGGGUCUCUUCGAUGGCUGCUUUAUCUCACUGCUGGGUCCUAUUGCCUAUGAAAUUUGUGGUCCCUCGGGAGCCACUCAGGCUAUAGGGUUCCUGCUAGGUCUCAGCUCCAUUCCAUUGACCGUGGGACCUCCAGUGGCGGGAAUGAUUCUCGACAGAACCAAUUCGUAUACCGUCCCUUUUAUACUUGCGGGUCUGCCACCGUUGCUGGGCUCCUCGCUUCUCUUUUUGGUGAAGUGCGUCAAGGAGGAGGAGAACGGCGUCAGUGCUCCACGAGCGGUGGUUCUGGCUAAUGGAGACAUCGAGAUAGCCCGUAAUGGGGGCACCAAAUCGAGCGCUCCGCUGAUAGGUGCCACUAGCAAUGGAGCCAACGGAGCAGCCACUAUCCAGGGAUCAAACGGACAUUUGGACAACAAUGGAACUGGUUCGUACCCCGACUCACCUUGGCCUAGCCUUACACGCAUCUCAGACUCUGCUGCCUGCGACCAUCCUUCAAGUAGUAGUACCUCGCUUCAUACUAACCCUGGCGCAAUGCUGCCCAGCUGCUCGCACACCGCCCUGCUGGACCGGGGUUCCGGCCUCAGCUUGUCGUCCGUGCCCCUGACUGAUGACCCCAAGCGGCGUCGCUAUAACUAUUCCAUCUACUAACCCAGUGUCUUUGCUAGUUUCUUUGCUUUGCUUGACUUUUCUUACUGUAACCCCAUCUUGGGUGUGGAACGAGUUUGUAUUCGAAUGUAGCAUGACCAAAACUCACUUCCGACCCGCUCUAACCUUGCACCUGCACCCGCACCCCCAUCCCAUUGCUGUUAAUUGCUUUGUAGUUCUUAAGCCUCAUCAUUGAUCGGAACCUGCUGUAAAUAAAUGCCAGCCUAUGUCGCAUAUCUA